AUGUUUAGAAAUAACUAUGACAACGACUCCGUCACCUUUUCACCUCAAGGCCGGAUAUUCCAGGUCGAGUAUGCUCAAGAGGCCGUCAAGCAGGGAUCGGUAGUUGUCGGGGUCGUCAGUAAGAAGCACGUGGUUCUCACUGCUCUGAAGAGAAAUGCCGAAGAACUAUCCUCGUACCAGAAAAAGAUAGUGGGUGUCGAUGACCACCUAGGAGUUGCCCUCGCCGGUCUCGCCUCAGACGCCCGUGUCCUUUCCAAUUUCAUGAAACAACAGUCACUCGCCUCAAAAAUGACCUACGGCCGUCCGAUACCCGUCGAGCGCAUUGUGAAUAUGAUUGGCGACAGAGCUCAGACCAACACGCAACACUAUGGCAAGAGACCCUACGGCGUGGGACUGUUGGUGGCGGGUGUCGAUGAGCUGGGACCUCACCUGUUCGAGUUCUCUCCGUCAGGGAUGACGCAGGAGAUGCUGGCUUGUGCGAUUGGAGCGAGGAGUCAGAUGGCUCGAACGUACCUGGAGAGACACUUGGAUAAGUUUGCGGACUGCGGCCGUGAAGAGUUGAUCAAACAUGCGUUGCUCGCAUUGAAAGAGUCUUUGGCGCAAGACAAGGAGCUCACAGUGGACAACACCAGUUUGGCGGUGAUCGGUAUCGGCGAGAAAGAUGGUAGGAAGAAGCUGGAGGCCUUCAAGCUCUAUGACGGACAGGACGUUGGGCCGUUGCUUGAAGCGAGCGUGGAGACGACGGCAACUGAAGGCGGAGACGCAAUGGAAACAGAUUCGUAG